CACGGCCCCGCUUCUUUCCUUCGCUUCCCUUUUCAACAUGAUAUCGCAGCUGCUGGCGAUGAGCACUCCCAAUACCACUGUACCGCUGGACAUCCUACCUGCGCCGGAAAGUGCCGGGAGCUGCGACGACAGCAGUGCCAGCAGCAGUGCGGCCUCGAGCGAGGCGCUCGCGAGCCUCCCUGCGCGUGUUUACCACGCCUCAUUCGCCACAAAGCAAACACCGGGCGCAGAACAAUGGACGUACUCGGGCCUGUCCGGUCUGCUCUCCCUCUGUCCCGGCCCCGAAAACACCCCGCACCACUGCUUCCGCCUGCUCGACGCAGCGAGCGGCAAACCGAUCUGGCACUUCAGCAUCCCCGAUGCGGGCGCGGGGCUUGACUACCGGGUGGAUAGACCGUUCUUCCACGUUUUUCGCGGCUCUAGCCGAAAGUUCGGCUUUCUGUUCACGGGAGACGACAAAGAAGCCGCCGAAUUCGGGAAGCAGGUGUUAGAUCGGGCGAUGGCACCCGAUAGAAGCGGGGCCGAGAAAGCCCAGCUCCGCUCGCGCCGUCGUCGCCGCCGGCUACCUUUCGCCUGGCACUCCCCCGCGAUCAUAUCUGGCCCCGUGGCCAACUCGUUCGUCCACGUGGCUCACGUGGGCAAAGUCGCGCGACGCUCGCACUCGUUGGACGCAUUCGACUUCGAGGACAGCGCGGAUAAUUGGACGAUGGUCAUCGCUGAUCUCGCCGCCAACGGAGACGCGCCGAUGCGACAAUAUGGCUCCGAUUCGCAACAAAUCGCAAAAGGAUUUCUUGAUGAACUUUCGUUGUCCACAACUUCUCGUGCGUAG